AUGGCCGCCAGAGAGCACCAUGGCCUGGGCGGCAUGAUCCCCGGCGUGAUCCCAAUCCCCCACGGCCCUCACGGCGACAACGACGACCGCGAUGACUUCCCGCUGGAUCUCGACGAGCAGCGUGUCUUCGCCCACGUUACCCGUCCCGACGACAGCUACACCCCGGAUGGCACCUACUGGGCUGAUCUGCCGAUUGGCCAGCGCGUCAAGUUCGUCUCGGCCGUUGACCGCCAGGCUGCCAGCGAGGAGCUGAGCACCAUCUGGGCCAUGAUGAAGAAGGACCCUCUGUCUCCCAUCUCAUGGUAUUUCCGCAAUGCUGUCAUCCCCGGUGCUGGUCUUGGUCUGGAGGGCUACGUCCUCUUCUCCAUCGGUAACCUGUCCUCUCUUUUCGCCGCUGCCUGGCCCGAAUGCUGGGGCUCCAAGGCCACGGUGUGCGACCCCAACUGGAUUGCCGCUGUGACAUAUUUGGAAAUCAUCGGAAUCAUGAUUGGUCAGGUCAUCGUCGGUGUCAUUGGUGACUGGAUCGGUCGUCGCUGGGGUCUCAUCCAGGACGCCAUCAUCAUGUUUGUUGGUCUGCUCAUGCUUACCGCUUCCUGGGGUCUUACUCUGCAGGGCUGGGUCAUCUGCUAUGCCUGGUCUCUCUUCUUCUACUCUAUUGGUGUUGGUGGUGAAUAUCCCAUCACUGCUACUUCUUCCCUCGAGAACGCCGUUACUGCUGGCAAACUCUCUACCAAGGAGGAUCGCCUGCACCGUGGUCGCCGUGUCACCAUGGCUUUCCUGAUGCAGGGCUGGGGUCAGUUCUUCAACCAGGUCAUCCUGAUUGUCCUGCUCGCCAUCUUCAACAGCGGCCGUGGCGGUCCCCCUUACAGCAAGGAGGCUGCUCAGUUCACCUUCCGUCUGUCCUUUGCCUUCCCCGCCAUUGGUACUCUGUGGCUCGUCUACUACAGAACCUGGAAGAUGCCCAACGCCUCCAAGCAGCUUGCCGAAGCCAAGAGCCGUACCAGCGUCACUGGCUACGACGUCACUGCCCUCAAGUCCUGCUUCACCCACUUCGGUGGCCGUCUGCUCGCCACCGCUGGUACAUGGUUCUGCAACGACGUCUUCUUCUACGGCAACAAGCUUUUCCAGGGUCAGUUCAUCAAGAUCAUCUCCGACAACCCCAACUCCCUCAUGACCGCUUGGUCCUGGAACUUGGUCAACAUUGUUGUCUCCCUCGCUGGUUACUACGCUGCCACCUUCCUUAUCGACAACAAGCUCUACGGCCGCAAGUGGAUGCAGCAGGUCGGUUUCUUGAUGUGCUUCCUCAUGUUUGUCAUCCCCGCCUUCAAAUAUGAGUACUACUCCAGCCCUGCCGGAAUCCACUCUUUCCAGGCCAUGUACUUCUUGUCGUCCUUCUUCAACCAGUUUGGUCCCAACUCUGUCACUUUCCUCGUUGCCGGUGAGGUUUUCCCCACACCCAUCCGAGCCUCUGCCCACGGUUUCUCUGCCUGUAUCGGCAAGGCUGGUGCUCUGCUUGCCUCGAUUCUGUACAACUACAUCCCUAUCCAGACCCGAUUCUACGUUGUUCCCUGGUUUGGUCUGGCUGGUAUGUUCCUCACCUGGCUCUUCCUGCCUGACACCACCGGCCUCGACCUCAAGGAGCAGGAGCGACGAUGGCGCUACAUCCGUGAAGGCAGAGCCGAGGAGUACCACGGUGUUGCCGUCCACCCCCAGCACCUUUCCCUGUGGGAGAGAAUCCGUGGCGCCAGCAAGUCAUACGACCCCCAGUUGGACUGGAAGCAGAAGGUUGAGGACAUGCGCACCGAGUGGGAGGCCAUCCAGGCUGCUCGUGGCCCUAAGGAGACUGAGGAUCAGGCGGGUGUUCACGAUGGCGAGUUCUCUCCUGAAAUUCACGCCUUCUUCAAGCGCUCCAGCCCUGCUGUUCGCACUCAGGGCGGCGUCUUGAACGAGAAGAUUGCCACUGACGAGGCUUCUUCCGAGUAA